AUGUCCUCGAUACACGGGGGCAUCCUCAGCCAUGGCAAAACUCUCGAAGCCCUAGGCGCACGAGUUGUGGGCCUGGUCCUGCUGUCAUGUUUGAUGUUGUGCCGAAUGGAGGCUAGCAUUCGCAGCACCCGCAUUCGCCACGCCAUGCGCUUGAUGCCUCUUGCAGAGCCUGAUGUCAGGGAGCGAGGUGAAGCUGCCCGGUUCGGGGCCGUGUUCCGUCACUUGGCAGACGAUGGUCGUAUUCUUGAAGCCAAGCUUCCAGAUGUUUUCACUGGCUGCGUGGCUGUCAUACAGCAUGCAAUGUGUCCAGUGCGGCUUCUUUUCCCUCUGUGUUGCCUCCGUGACUCCUUUGUGCUGCCCGCAUUGCCCGCAGCGGCCGGAGUCAAAGCAUCUGAGGCCUCACCUUGCAAGGGCCUCCUGGCAGUAGGGGCACGGUGGCUGGCAUGUCUCGGUGUGUUGCCGGGGUCGAAUCAGCACAUGACCGACAUAGCUCACACGAUCACAGACACGCCGCUCACGACUUGCAAAGCCAGCCAGCCUUGCAGGCUCGCCCGACAAUGCCUGCAAUUUCGAGCCGUGUCCAGUCUGACACCGCUCGUCACGAUGCUCCACUCGGCUGUCCAAUUUUCUUUUGCUCUGCAGCAGGGCCAAAAGGACGCUGCCAUAGCCCAAACUCAUCGCAUCUCCCCAGCUGUGGUGUCGCACCGGCUGUGCCAGUCAACCUUCAUCGAGACACAGGGCAUCGGAAGGAGUCAUUGCCGAGUCACCUGGCUGUUCAACGGAUGUAGGCGGCGUGUCGCAAAAACACUCGUCUUUUUUUCUUUUUUGUUUUUUUCACCCUGUCUCAGUUCUUGA